GUUUAUUAGAAUUGAAUUUUAACAAAAUCUAACCUUUAAUAAAAUUUGUAUUUUAUUCAUACUUCAACUUUGCUUCAUUCUAUCUUUUAAAAAGUUUGCACAAGUUGUUUAAAACAAGUAAAUCAAGCAAAUAUUCAUUUGAAUUCUAAUAAAUCUACAAAUAAUUAUUUGAAUUUAAACAAAACCACUAUCAUACCAACUAAAGAAACAGUAACAGAAACAAAUAAAGAUGAAAUGAUUUCUUUCUUACGAACAGUAUUAAAUAAAAAUUGUCAUGGAAAAAAAUCCACAAAUCAUAAUCUACAAACAAAUGAUAAAAAACACUUCUUUGAAUACUUCUGAAUUGAACAAUGUAAAUAAUUUAUUAAUGAAGAGGACACGUGAACCAUGGUUACCUAAAAAAUGUAUUAGUCCAGGUAUAGGUAAGAGUGGUCCUUGUGAUACGCCAGAUUAUAUACCUAUAUCACAAUUAUUAAAUACAUCGAAAACAAACAAUCAUCAAAUCAAUAAUUCUUCUGAUUUAUAUAAUAUGCCACAAUAUGAUAUGUUCAAACAAAAUCAAAUAAACGAACAACAACAAUCAUUUACAAACUAUAAACAUUGUGAUGAUUCUUUAUUAGAUCGAAUCACUUCACCUUGUUUAUCUCCACCAACGCAAAUGAAAAAUUCUAAUAAUCCAAUGUUAAAUAUUCCUGAAGUCAAUACUAGUAAUACAAAUUGUAAUAAUUUCACUGAAGAAAAUGUGAAAAUUCGUUAUAGUACAAAAGAUGGAAAGUUAAAAUUUGUUAAAGAAAAUGCUGAACAAAAUUUACCAUCUAUUAUACCUAUGGAAGACAAUGGAAGUUCAGGCGAAUCAAGUCAAAAUUUAGUGGUAGGUGAUCUGUUAGUGGCUAUUGAAAAUCAUUCUGUACUGAGUUGUAAACCUAGUGAAAUUGAAGAAUUACUUAGAUUAGCAGCGAAGAAUAAUAAUGGUUUUGUUACGUUGACUGUUCGUAGAAUACAUUCAUCAGAUAAGGCUGAAUGCAUGAAAAUAUCAGAGAUACCGACAAAAGAUUCAAUUAGUUCAAACAUAAUCAAUGUGAAGUUAUUAAAAGAGAAAGAUGAAGGUUUUGGUUUUGUGAUUGUCAGCUCUUUGAAUAAAGAAAAAGCAAGUGAAAUAGGUCGUAUAAUUCCAGGUAGUCCAGCUGAUAAAUGUGGACAAUUAGAAGUUGGACAACGUAUACUGGCUAUAAAUGGUUAUUGUUUAUUAGGAAUUAAUCAUAUGGAUAUUGUAAAUCUUAUACGUCAAAAUCAACAACAAUUAAUUUUGACAAUUGAAAAACCUGGUAAAUGAAAUUGGUUAAGAUCCUUUGUAUCUCUCACUAUCAAAAACGAGCAAUAAUUAUAAGAUAAUUAUUCUAUACAUGUUACAUAACACUACUAUCUAAUGUUUAUUUUCUUACAUACCAUACAACUUUCUCCUUACUCUUCUAUGCAUCAUACAAGGUUUUCACAAGUUCAUUUUUAACUGAUGUAAACAAUUGAUUAUGUAUGUUGGAGUUCUUAGAAUUUGAAAUAAAUGUUCAUAACUACUUUUAACAAAGGAAACUUGGAAUAAAUUGUUUACCUUAUUAAAAGAAAUCAUAAAGAAAAACCUCGGCUUAAUAGAAAUCAUCUAUCGCUAAAUAAAUCAUCACAUUAAUCAACAGUUUUCACUAUAAGUUGACAUUAUAGAGAAACUAUUUAGUUAUGUUCACUUGAUGUUGUUUUACUUGAAUCUUCCCAUUGUUAUUUAGGACUGCAAUUAAUCAGUCCUUGUUGGUAUAUGUGUAUCCUGGGCGGAUUACCUCGAUAUAGCCUUAAAUCACAAGCUUUUUAAGCAAUGAUGGAUCGUGACUAGCAGUGGACUUCCUGACGCGCGUUUCGUCUUAUUUGCGACUCGUCAGCUGGAUGUACUUGCAUCCCAGUGUUGAUGUUCACUCUGCGACUCGGACCCAGUACCUUUCACUUCAAAUGACAUUGUGUU